AUCUUAAUAGUAAGGAUAUCGGUAUCGCCGAACGACAGGAAGACAGACGCGCCCGUCAGCCAUCGCUGUUCUAUCGCAAAAAUCGACACUCUUUCUCAUUCAACCUUCGGGAAGAGCUCAGACUUGUUGUCCAGAAGGCGUCGUCCUGGAUUGAUCAUUGCCGGUAGGUUGCUGGCUUGUUUUUGAAAGGUGUCGCAUCCUACUAGAGAGGUCCGUGAUAUCCAGCCUCAAGUGUUGAGUUGUGUAGAUAGUCGUCGGCUUUUUUUGUUUGGAAAAGGCAACAACCUUCUUUCGAAUCCUGAUUACAAAAUGGACCUCAUCCUUCAAGCACAACAGCAGCAGCAACAACAGCAGCAACAACAACAAAUUGACGACGAUGAGACUGGCGGAGAAACGGGGUCUCCCGAGAAUCAUCGGCCGUUCAUUCCCAAGUACUCGAUGAAAGAUGAGAAUCUUUUACGUCGAGUAGAUUUGACGAGCACAGAGCAUGUGAACGCCGUGUUUUUCCCAGACGAGUUUCAACUGGGCAAAGAUCACUGGGUGGCCGUUCCCAAGCACAUUCUUGGCAUUGACACGGAUUUUGCCUUUGUCACCAAGAAAAUGGAAGAAUUCCGCAAGAUGUCAGCAGCGGAUCGCCAACGGGAAAUAGUACGAUGGGAUAAAAUGCAACGAUGGGAAAGAAAUAUGUACGAGGAUCGAAUUGCCAUCCUCAUGCAGCAGCGAGCACUGCUGAUAGCACAUCACAACAACAACCAUGCUGCUGGUCUGGCCCUCAGCGACACCUCUGGGAACAGCAACUCCAACAACAGCAAUAGUAAUGUUCUCAUGAAUAGAAUGUCAUCACUCAAACGAAGUCGAGACUUUGAUUUGGUGACCAUGAAACCCCCAGCCUCUUCGCCAACCGCUUCAGGAGUACCUACACCAACUGCUAAUGACCUCUACGCGUCUGUAGCACAAUCAAUCGCCAACUAUUCUGAAGUACCCGACUCCAAGCGACGGUGUAUUAGAAUGAAACCUCCCAUUCCGUCUCGCUUCCAGGGCGACAUGGACGCACAAAAGGACGUCCCCGUCCCCGAGUUCAUUAGUCUCAUGAACUUUCCUUCACUGUCUCUACCCGACAACCUUCGCUGCUGCGUCAUGUGUGGCCAGGCAUGUCCUACAUCGGCAGCCAUGAAGCAAAGCAAGCAGAAAAUGCGGACCGGAUCAAAAUCCAAUGCCGAAGUGGCGUUCAUCCCCACUCAAAACAAAGGAUUGUGCACUCUCUGUGAUGUCAACGUGUGGAUUAUUGCCAGUACCGGCAUGGAAAUCAAAUGGUGCAAGGGUUGCAAGAACUUUCGGUGCUGGGCGGCCUUUGGAGACAAGGGUCAUGCUACCAAGUGCAUGAGGUGUCGGGAACGCCAGCGAGAAAAGUAUGCGGCGCAGAAAGAGGAGAAGGAAAAAGCAUUGGUUCUCAGAGGCAGAGAAGCAUCAGGUGCCAAGGCCAAAGCCAACAACAACUACUCCGACAAAAUGUAACACUCUCUCUCUACCACCAGUAGAGAUAAGAGAGCAGCAAUACGGUAGUAGCCGUAUUUAGUUUUGAGGAAACGCAUCAUCAGCAACAACCUACAGUAAAAAAGACCAUAACAGCUAAUAUGAACGUGCAUCUUGU